AUGUAUCUCAAUGUAGAUGCUCAAAACUUCAAUCAAUCCCUCUUCAUACGAGAGUCUCGAGAAUGUACACAAGGACAACUGUGGUAUGUUUGCAGCGCGAAUGAUUUCCAUGGUUGUUGUUCGGUAGAUGCAUGUGCAGUAUCAGAAUGCCCGGAUUCAAAUACCGCUGCAGUUGGCGCAUCAAGUACUUCAACCACUUCUACUCCUUCUAAAUCUACAUCUUCUACAUUCUCUACAUCUUCUACCUCUUCUGCUUCUUCCUCUACUACUGCAUCAACCACAUCAUCUCAAACUACCGAAUCCUCACAAUCAAUUCUACAGACAACUCCACAGUCAGCCCCGCAGACACUCUCGCCAAGCACCGUCCUCCUAACUACAACUGACAACCAUCCAGUCAGUGCACCUACACAAACCCUAUCCAGCUCCCCCACCACUGUCGCACAAACAACUCCUCCUACCUCCUCAUCAAAUUCAACAUCAAUCAUAGCUGGAGCAGUCGUUGGCGGUGUCGCUCUAAUUUGUUUCGCAAUGGCUGCAUUCUGUUGUUUCCGUUUUCGCCAAAAGAAAAAGCAGGAUAGAGAAAGAAUGUUCGCCGAGCCUGAAAGUUCAGAUCUAGAGACUAUUCAGUUUUAUAGUACGACGGGAAAGACGUUGCAAACACCUAGUAGUAAGAGCACAAGAAGUCCUGGACUCUCUGGAUUGGGGUUGGGGGAUGUCUUCGCACCGUUUGGUGGAAGAACUCGUACCAGCAGUAAUUCUGCACCUCCAAAAUCACCACCGGGUGGGCCAGCAAUGAGCGAAUCCCAAGUCUCUGCCCCAAGCCACUCGAUCCCAACGGUUCAUCCCUCGCUCAUUCCCAAGCCCCAAGAAGAUGACGAACAUGACAGGCCACUUUCCCAUGACCCUGAAAAAUCGUCCCUGGCACCCCCUCCCGAAUCUUCGCAUCCAGCUUUCCAUCCACUUCCGGGAAUGCCCAGUCCGCGACCCGCACAUCGAUCCGGUAUGGGCAUUACGAUGAGUGAGUUGGACGGAAGGGAAAUCGGAAGAAGAAGUGUUUCUGUCGGAGGAAGUGAGAGAAUGAGUGGAAGUGGAAGUGAGGGUGCUGUCAGUGCGAUGAGCACGCCCUCACAUAGUGUGAUUCUGGGUGCAUCGACGAAUCUUGCUCAAGGACAGGCACAAGGAUAUUGGUAUCCAAAUGCGCCUCCUAAUCUACCCUUAUCUCUGUCUGGUCGACCUAUACAAUCCCACAGCCGCGGAAACUCCUCAAAUUUAUCAAAUUCCUGUUCGAUCAAUCCAGACCCAAAUAUGAAUAAAGCGCCGGCAUCUCAAUAUGCACAGAAUCAAUACUCACGCCAACAAGCGCAACACCAAUAUACCCAACAGCUAGCUUCAGCACGCCACAUGAAAGGUAUGAAUGCAAGCACAAAUGAACACCAAAAUCCAUAUCAAAUGUAUAGAGAUAGUAGGGAACAUCAGCAAAAUAUGGGAUAUCAACAUGCGUUAGUCAGGGCUCAAGAAGAACGUGCGAGAGCUUUUUCGGAGAUGCAACAAGGAUACGGCCAAACUCUAGGACAAAGAAAUGUACAAAAAGGAAAGGGCCGAGAAAGUAUGAAUUCGACAAGUCAAGAAGUACAUACAGAGGAAAAUGACGACAAGGAAUUAAGAAGAGAAAGCAGCACCCACAGUAUUCCCAUAGGACUUGGCUUGGAUGCGCGACCCACUCCCCGAGAGCCAGAACGAGACACAAAUCCACAAAAUGAAGAUGCACAAAUGCAAGUCCACGCCAGUUUAUACGGAAAACAGGAAGAAUUCCCUCAAUCUCUCUCACAUCAAGGCUCCCAACCUACGCAAUCCAAUGCAGCCAAGCAAACUUAUCAAACUCAUCGCGCAAACACCGACUCGGUAUCUAGCAUGGGAUCUCCUAGCUCGACGUCUGCAAAUGUUGGAGCAUGGAAUCCAGAGCCUGUUUAUACACAUCCAGGAUUUGAUUUUGAAUGUAAAGUUGUGGCGCCUACACCUCCUCCCCAGAUGAUGGAGAUAUCGGAAGGAGUGGAGAAAAAACGAAAUCAUGUAUUAAGUUGGUCUGAAUAUGAUGCUGGUGGAGAAUUGUCCAUUUCGCCUGUCUUGGAUGGCAAGGGAAAGGGGGAGGAGAUUGUUGAGUGAUUUGAAGGACUAUGGAAUCAGAUGAAUAUAAUGGAUGCAGCAUCGAAAUGAAAAAAGGUACCGAGGAUGGUUUGAGUGAUGAAUAGGAAUGAUGAGGGAGUUUACAUUUACAUUUACAAAAUGCAUGAGAGUGGCGUUUCGGAUUUGAGUAUUUAUUACAUACACUUCAACGAUCACUAAUACGAUAUCAUACCAUAUGAUGCGAUACAACGAGGUUGGAUAGAGGAAACCUGGGAGGAACAUACUACAGCAUAUUGUACAUGCCUCAGCUGAUAUGAGAGGAAGCGGAGAGGAAGGAAGUUAGCCGAGUGCAGGCAAGAAAGGGGGAAGAGAAUUUGGGCACGCUUAACACUUAAGGUGGGAUGAAGACGGAGAAAAUCAUGAGCACGAAGGAGUGUUGAGUUAGUACCAUAGUAAGAGGCAUGAUUGAGUGUCAAGUCGUGGGACAUGACGGGGGAUUUCAAAUGUAGAUGUUAAAUAUGAAGAUGAAUAAAACGA